GAAGAAUACGAAGUAGAAGAAGAACAUUCGUGGACACCGGUUCAGAAGGCUUCUAUGUAUGGCGGAGGUUUCUUCGUCGGUUUGUUUGCCUUGUACUUUUUCACGCUUUAUUUGCCCAGCUAUUUCAUCCCAGAAGCUACAGAUUUGGUAGCCAUCAAGAAAGUGUCACAAUUAGAUGUAGCCUUGACGCCAUUGGCUGGAGGCACCAGCGUAGCUUUGGGUGACUACACCACAUUGGGAUUCGACUCUGAAUACAGUGAACAAUCUUCCAAGAAACGUAAUGUAAACAGAAUUAUCAUGGUAGGUGACGUCCACGCCCAUUACACUCAAUUCAGAAAGUUGUUGAACAAAGUCAAGUACAAUAAGAAAAACGAUCAUUUGCUUUUAUUGGGGGAUUUUAUCACCAAAGGACCAGACUCCAGAAAGAUCCUCGACUAUUUAAUUGCUAACGAUGUAGACUGUAUCUUAGGAAACCACGAGUACUAUGCCUUGCAGAACUAUGCCACAUUCCAUGGCUUGGACCAGCCCUCGUUUGAGUUUAACGGAACCAUCGAAAAGUUCUUAGGAGAUGGUUCAAGCUUUCUUGUUAAGGAUGGCUUCAACGAUGACCCAGAAUUCUUGAUUGCAAAGAAAUUGGAACCAGAGCAUGUUCAAUAUAUCAACAACUGUUCCAUAAUCAAGAAAUUGGGCACCAUGCCUUUGCAAAAAUCAAAAGGAGGCGCCAAUGGUGUAGCUGUCCAUGCUGGAAUCAGAUGGGACUUGGACUUGCAAGAUCAGGACCCUAUAGACAACUUGGAAAUGAGGUCUUUGAUUGGCCCGUACUUUAAUGAAACUACUAGUGAUCCUGAUGUGGAAGAUUCUGUGUCUUGGUCCAAAAUCUUUAACAUGAAACAGAAGGAAAAAUCAGCUCAUGACAAAGAUCUUACUGUUGUCUACUACGGCCACGAUGCCAGAAGAGGGCUCAAUUUAAAACAAUACACUAAGGGAUUGGAUUCAGGAUGCGAUCGUGGCGAUAAGCUCACAGCUAUGGUUGUCUGGGCCGAAUUGUCAAGAUCCAAGAAAGGCAGCCAUCAAAUCGUAUAUAAAGAAGAGCCUGUUCAGAUCCACUGUUAG